CCUAUCCACUAUAAGAGCAGGAUAAAAAUGACAGACCAAGCGGAAAUUCUCCGGAAGCGUCGUGAAGCGCGGCAAAAAAAGAUUCUUGCCUCAGGAGAGUCACGUCUGAGUAAGAUUACAGGCACAGCUGGAACAAGCGCACAGGUGGCUCCUUCUCCUGCAGUGUUGCAGGCUCGAGAGGAGAUGUUGAGGCGGGAACAAGAAGAUGAGCGUUUAAAGGCUCUCAGAGCCGCAGGUGUCAAUGUUGACAGCAACGGCAAUGUUGAAGGCUCUCUGCAAAGGAGUAUUGACGGUGAACAGGAGGAAGAGUUGGCUAUGCCUAAUUCGUCAUCAUUGCGUACGGGGACUCAAAGGAUGAGUCGUCAACCCUCGUCAUCCUCUACAACAACUACGACCCAAACAAACGCCACUACGACAACGACAACAACCGAAAAAGCAUCUGAUGCUGAAGCAUUUAAUAGCUCAGCUGCGGGGAGGACAGCCACACCUCCCAAUAUCCCAGACUAUGAUGCAGAUCCAGAUGAUUCCAUAGGUGCACCACCAGCCUAUAUUCCAUCGAAUCCAUUCUUGAAUAGUCCGUUUGCAUCAGCACAACAUCAAGCAUUGACUCCAGGAUUCACAGUGAUUACACCACAAGUGGAUCACUCUGCACGUUGGUGGAAGCUCCUGCACUUUGUUUUGUCAGUGCUGUUAGGAUUUGGUAUUGUAUAUAGAGAAUACAGUCGGAAUGGGGAUUUGAGUCGAUUUGAAGCAUUGGCAGUAGAAAAACCAUUGCCCUAUGGCGCGUAUCAAGUCGAUCCUAUUCCUGUGUUCUGGUACUUCAUCACGAUGGAGCUUAUUUUGCAAUCAACUCGAAUGGUAUUACAUGGCGUGACAGCAUCACCUAGCAGUACUUUAGGAACCAUUGCAGGCUUCUUGCCUCCACCUUUUUCGGAUAUGAUCAGAGUCUUUAUGCGAUAUCGUCUAAUUUGGACUUCAAUGGUCAAUGACCUAUCGGUAGUAGUCUUUAUUGUUGGCCUCACCAUCACUUUUACUUACAUGUUCUCCUAAAAAAAAAACAUAUACAGUCUACUUCUUCUUCCUUGGUUUUUGUUCCCUUGACAACUAAUCGCGUAUACACAACAAUAACAAACGAAAGUUAAAAGAAAAAAG